AGUCAGUUCGUAAGCUUAAAUACCGGCCUCAUGACAACCGCACCGGCGAUUCAAACGCCGCAUUCCACUCACCUUCUCUUUCUCUCUCUCUCUCUAUACGACGCAGCGGAUUCACCAAGGGAGAGAAACAAGGAAGGAAGGCAGGAGCGGGAGGCUAGAGAAGAGAAGCCUCGUAAGGAGGAAUUCUCAACUGCUUCAUCUGCCUACCUUCAAGAAGCUUCUUCAGGUCGUUUGUUAAGCAGCAAUGGGUGCAGGUGGGCGUAUGUCUGAUCCUCCUUCGAACCAAAAACCACAAGGGAACGCCCUCGGACGAGUCCCAUGUUCGAAACCGCCCUUUACGCUAGGCGAGAUUAAGAAAUCAAUCCCACCCCACUGCUUUCAAAGAUCGGUCAUCACCUCGUUCUCCUACGUUGUAUACGAUCUCCUCAUUGCCUCCUUCCUCUACUACGCCGCCACAUCCUACAUCCAUCUCAUCCCGGGACCCCCUGCCCUGUCAGGCUUCGCCUGGCUUAUUUACACCUACGUCCAGGGCUGCGUCCUGACCGGCGUUUGGGUCCUCGCUCACGAAUGCGGUCAUCACGCCUUCAGCGAUUAUCAAUGGCUCGACGAUACAGUCGGGUUCGUCCUCCAUUCGGCCCUCCUCGUUCCGUUCUUCUCGUGGAAACACAGCCACCGCAGGCACCAUUCCAACACCGGCUCUAUCGAACGCGACGAGGUUUUCGUCCCCAAACGUAAGGAAGGCCUGGGAUCCCUAGCUAAAUACACCAACAAUCCGAUUGGUCGGACCAUAACGGUCGUGAUCACGCUGACAAUGGGUUGGCCUUUGUACUUAAUGUUCAACGUCUCGGGCAGGCAUUACGAUCGCUUCGCCUGCCACUUCGAUCCCUACAGCCCGAUCUACACUAAACGGGAGCGGUUUCAGAUAUUUCUAUCGGACAUGGGCGUUCUUUCAGUCGGAUUCCUUCUCUACCGUCUUGCCUUGGCCAGGGGAAUCGCCUGGGUGAUGUGCGUUUACGGCGGGCCUCUUCUCGUGGUGAAUGGAUAUCUGGUGCUGAUAACAUGGUUACAACACACUCACCCUUCGUUGCCUCAUUACGAGUCAGACGAGUGGGAUUGGUUGAGGGGGGCUUUAUCGACUGUGGAUCGAGAUUACGGGAUUCUCAACAAGGUACUCCAUAAUAUAACGGAUACUCACGUUGCUCAUCAUUUGUUCUCGACCAUGCCGCAUUAUCAUGCCAUGGAAGCAACUAAGGCGAUAAAACCUAUGUUGGGAGAAUACUAUCGGUUUGAUGGGACUUCGGUUAUGAGUUCGAUAUGGAGAGAAGCUAAGGAAUGUCUUUAUGUGGAAGCUGAUGAAGAUGAGGGCGCAAGCAAAGGCGUCUUGUGGUACAGGAACAAGAUUUAGGGUCAAGAUCGAUUAUUGUUGUUGCCAGAAAUUGAAUAAAUGACUUUUGGUCUAUUGAUUCGGGGAUUCAGUGCAUGGUGAAGGUAUGGUGAAGUUAUUUUAUACAGAAUUGGAUUAUAUUUAUCUAAAAUAUGGAUUAACAAGUAUUAUAUGUAACUAUUUUGCUCAUGGAUGAGUAAAAUUAUAAUAUAUCAUAUCUCAGAAAAAUGCAUUCUAAGAAAUAUAUAGGUUAUUGAAAUCAUGUGCAUCAGCAGCAACAUGUAGGCCUUCAUCAUAAAUAUGUCAUUAGUUAUUCUAUGUUAUUUU